ACCUCUGUAUUCUACCCACUAAUCCUCAGGGCUCCUCUCCACUCCUUUCGACACCCAACUACGUCUCGCCUGCCGGACAGCGACGACGAACGACACUCAUUCCACAAGACACUCACUUCUAGAGCAUCACAGAUCGACUAUGGAGCCAGAGACGGAUACAGAAAAAGAGCUGGGCAGCCCGCUCGCUGAGCGGGAUGGGAGUGAGGGCGGAAAAAGAAGUAGUAGCUCGGAUCAGACCAUGACAAGUUCACCGGAUCUCCCAGCACAGGAACCCCCUAAAAGGUCGCUGCCACCGAGGCCGACGUCGAGGAUCGAGCAUCCUUCGCCGGCAAGACGACCAGAAGCUCUCAACAGGCCCCCUUCAAUACGGCCGCCACGGCUUAGACCACAAGCCCCCCUGGCGAUGAAUCCCCCAACGAGGCCAGGCACAGCGGGAACCCAGACAUCAGGGACGGCCGGUACGAUAAGAUUUCCUGGGUCAACCAAGAGGCUAUCAUGGACAUCGAUUGCUUCAAGUAGGGCCAGACCCAUCAAGUACGGCCAGGGGAAGUACAGCCGUGUUGAGCUGGUGCCACAGCCAAGCGAUGAUCCCGAUGACCCUCUGAACUGGCCUUCCUGGCGGAAAGAGCUCAAUUUUGCCUCCCUUUUAUUAAUGGUUGCCAUGACUGGCGUGAUGAAGACAAUACUUAUUACUGUUAAUGCCCAACUCGCUGAGAGCUAUGGAGUCUCUUAUACGGCCGUAGCAGCGUUGACUGGUGUUCCUCUAAUUCUUUCAGCUCUGUCCGGGCUCGUUUGCCUCGUGAUCUCGAGGAUAUGUGGCAAGAGACCGGUCUACUUGAUGUCGUUACUCUCGGUCUUCAUCGGGGUGGCCUGGAACACAAAUGUUACAAGCAGUUAUGCCCAAUGCAUGGCUGCGAGAGUUUUCCAGGGACUUGGAUGGGGUGCUUUUGACACCCUCGUUCUGGGUUCGAUCCAGGACACUUACUUUGAACACGAACGCCGUCUCCGCAUAUCCAUCCACUCCGUGGUCGCCGUGGCGGCGACUUGGGGACCGCCAUUGAUUGGUGGCGUCACCUCGCAGCACCAGACCGGCUUCAGUUUACAGUUUACCAUCCUCAGCGCCUUCUUCAUGGUUGCUGUACCCGCCAUCGCUCUCGGCGCGCCAGAAACGGUGUUUGACCGGGCCUAUACCCUCGCCCAGACCCCCGCGACCACCGCCAGCAGCAAAUACAAGGCUUCACUUCCCCUUACCCCACGCUCCUUCUUCUCCGUUGAAACCUUCUACAACUACAUUGUCAAACUGAAGCCUUACUCAUACAGCGGGUCGUGCGACCUCGCGACCUUGCUCCAAGCCCCGCGCGCCUUGAUCACGCCCACCGCAACUCUCUUGGCGAUGGUGUCUAUCCUUCCAUACUCGUCUCUGUGGGGCCUCGCCGCCUCGUUAUCCCUACUCUUCCACCCGCUCCCAUUCAAUCUUCUCCCCUCCAGCAUCGGCGCGCUCAUGACGGGCCCGUUCUUACUUUCUACAACCGCCGUAGCGAUCCCCGCUCUGGUCCCCAUGGCCAUCCGCCUUCUAAGAAGAUCCCAGUUCAACCCAAAACCCAAUCUUGGCGCCAAGUUCAGCCGAGAAAUCCACGUCCUCAUCAUCGCCGCGGGCUCCCUGCUGACCUUUGUUGGCUUGCUCGCCUUCGGCUUGCACAUCAAGGCAGCAUUGACCCCGACGGCCGAGGACCUCCUCGCCUCCUCCCCCUCCCCGCCCACCUCCGACCCGGCCGCGGAGACGUCAGUUUACGCGCUCGACUACCUCGGCAUGCGGGUGAACCUUGCCGCGAUGAGCUUCGUGCUGGGGCUAGUUGCGGCGGGCGCGUACGCGCUCGACGCGACGGUCCGGCCGGCCGUGGCGGCCAGCACGGCCUUCACCAGCUCCAACCUGGGCGUCGCCAUGCGCAACACGGCCGACAUGAGCGCCGCCGUCGCCUGCUGGCGCGCCGCGUUUUCCGGCGCCUUCGUCAUGGCCUUCCCCGCCGCCGUUUGGGCGUCAUUUGACGGCCUCCAGACCGUCUGUGUGGCCCUGGCCACCGUCCAGAUGGCCGUGGGCAUCGUCUUGGCCGCUAUCUGGUGGUUCUUUGGGGAGGGGCUGGUUAGGCGAUGGGACGGGCGGGUGAUGCGUUUGGUGGACUUGGAGGCUCUCAAAGGGGGCGGUGAUGGUGGGGUUGGGGGCAGUUUUUUUGACACGGAUUGAUUGCUAAGUGUGACAUUUAUGAUGACUUGAUGUGUAUCAUGAUUAGAGGAUAUGUGGGAUAAUGAAGCGAUGCGGCGAUGAUGUUCAUUGUUGGGAUUGU